AUCUACGCAGUUUCUCUAAAGCUGAAAUGAAAAAAAAAAUAUUUCUUCUUUGACAAAUCCAUCUCUCCCAGUUUAGAUUUCUAGGGUUUAUUUUAAAUAGUCCGUUAUGGUUUUUUCUUCUUAACUGGCGGUUUAUUGGAUGAUCUAACCCAAAAUUUUCUCUCUAUUUUACCCUAAUAUAUUAAUUGAUUGGAGCUCGGAUUCGCAUAUGUGAUAUUGUAGCAAAUGCUGCUGGUUGUGAAGCUCAUAGGAUUCCAGCUCAAAUUCGAUACUUCUUCAAAGCUUCUCUAUUGUGAAUUGAUUGCUGUAUUGAAGAACUGAAACAUUUUAUUGUUGCCAAACUCUAGAGUUUCAAUAUUUAGAAAUGAAUUUGCUUUAGAAAAACUUGCGAAGUAGUCACCUCAGACCAUAAAAGUUUGAAACAUGCUUUCAUGGUGGGGAAAGUCAUCUUCCAAAGAAGUGAAGAAAAAAACAAAUAAGGAAAGUCUCAUUGAUACCAUACACCGAAAAUUUAAGAUUCUUUCAGAAGGUAAACCAAACUGUAGGUCAGGAGCAUCACAUAGACAUGGCAAUGACAGAGCAUCAGAAAAAGGAUCUCAAUCCUGCGCACAAUCUAGGUCUCCUUCGCCCUCUAAACAGGUUUUUAGGUGUCAAAGUUUUGUUGAAAGGCCAAAUGCUCAACCACUGCCACUUCCUGAUCAGCAUCCUGCAAUAGUGGGUCGUACAGGCUCUGGAAUCAGCAUAUCAUCAAAAUCAAGGCCAGGAAAAGGCUCCAAGUCAUCAUUAUUUCUGCCUCUUCCACGACCUGGAUGCAUACGUCAUAGACUAAAUCCUAAUGACAUAGAUGGAGACUACGUUACUGCUUCAGUUAGCAGUGAGAGCUCCACUGAAAGUGACAAUCCCACCAAUUCACAUAAUCGUAGUCUGCGAGCAAAUGAUCAUGACAAUGGGACUAGAACUGAUGCAAGCAGCUCUUCCAGCGUUAUGCUCAAAGAUCAAUCCUCUAUGGUCAGCCAAAAUAACUCAAGAGAGGCUAGUAAACAGGCUAACAUUUCAUUUGGUAAUAGUAUCUCUCCGAAAACUCCUAAAAGAAGACCUUUAAGCAAUCAUAUGGGAAAUAUUCAAAUCCCACAUCAUGGUGCUUUCAGCAGCGUUCCUGACAGCUCCAUGUCAAGUCCUUCUAGAAGCCCAAUGAGUGCUUUUGGCACAGAGCAAGUAAUGAACUCUCCUUUCUGGGCAGGAAAGACUUAUACUGAUGUCACUUUGCUUGGAUCCGGCCCUUGCUCCAGUCCUGGAUCUGGUCAGAAUUCUGGGCAUAAUUCAAUGGGUGGGGAUAUGUCAGGACAGCUAUUUUGGCAACCAAGUAGGGGCAGCCCCGAGUAUUCUCCAAUACCAAGUCCUAGGAUGACCAGUGCUGGUCCCAGUUCUAGAAUUCAUAGUGGGGCUGUCACUCCUAGUCAUCCUAGAUCUGCAUGUACAGCUACCGAGUCACAUACUGGUUGGCAUGAUGAUGGAAAACAACAAAGCCACAGGUUGCCCCUUCCUCCUGCAACUACUUCCAUCUCUUCUCCUUUCUCGCAUUCAAAUUCAGCAGCGACAUCUCCCUCCAUACCCCGGAGUCCAGGAAGGGCAGAGAAUCUUGUAAACCAGGUGUCACGGUGGAAAAAAGGAAAGCUUCUGGGUAGAGGCACAUUUGGUCAUGUUUAUGUUGGUUUUAACAGUGAGAGUGGUGAGAUGUGCGCAAUGAAAGAGGUUACCUUAUUUUCUGAUGAUGCCAAGUCAAAAGAAAGUGCUAAGCAGUUGAUGCAGGAAAUUGCUUUAUUGAGCCGCUUACAGCAUCCAAAUAUAGUGCAAUACUAUGGGUCUGAAAAGGUUGAUGACAAGCUUUACAUAUACCUUGAGUAUGUAUCUGGUGGGUCUAUUUAUAAAAUUCUCCAGGACUAUGGGCAGCUUGGUGAAUUAGCAAUUCGCAGUUACACCCAACAGAUCUUGUCUGGGCUUGCCUACCUACAUUCCAAGUCUACUGUCCAUAGAGAUAUUAAAGGAGCAAACAUAUUGGUAGACCCUAAUGGUCGUGUUAAGUUGGCAGACUUUGGGAUGGCAAAGCAUAUUGCAUGUCAGUCCUGUCCACUUUCGUUUAAAGGAAGCCCUUACUGGCUGGCACCUGAGAUUAUAAGAAACCCUAGCGGUUGCAACCUUGCUGUGGAUAUAUGGAGUCUUGGAUGCACUGUUUUGGAAAUGGCUACAACAAAACCUCCUUGGAGUCAAUAUGAAGGGGUUGCGGCUAUGUUCAAGAUUGGAAAUAGCAAGGAACUUCCACCCAUUCCAGAUUACCUCUCAGAUGAAGGAAAAGAUUUUGUGCGUCAGUGUUUGCAACGCAACCCACUAAAUCGUCCUACUGCAAUUCAGCUUUUAGGCCACCCAUUUGUAAAAUAUGCUGCAGCUGCACCUUUGGAAAGACCUAUUCUAGAUGCUGAGCUUUCAGAUCCUACCCCUGGUGUGACAAAUCUGGUGAAAACUCCGGGCAUUGGACAGGCUAGGAUUUAUUCCUCCCUGAAGUCGGAUCAACUUGCUGUUCAUUCGUUCAGAGUUUCAAAACUGCACAUAUGUGAUAUCAAUAUUCCUAGGAAUGUAUCUUGCCCUGUUUCACCCAUAGGAAGCCCUCUUCUACUUUCAAGGUCACCACAACAUCUAAAUGGAAGAACGUCUCCUCCUCCCAUUUCUACCCCCCGGACCACCUCAGGUUCAUCUACACCCUUGACAGGUGGCAGUGGUGCUAUGCCUUUUGGUUAUCUGAAACAAUCAGCUUACUUUCAAGAGGGUUUUGGAAGCAUGCCGAAGCCCUCAAAUGGUCUUUUUGUUAGUGGCUCCUCCCAUUAUGAUAACAAUCCCGAAAUUUUUCGUGGACUGCAAGCAGGUUCACACAUCUUUUCUGAACUGAUGCCAUCAGAAAAUGAUGUUUUAGGAAAUGGAAGAAUGGUUCAUGGGGAAUCUUAUGAUGGACAGUCUGUAUUAGCUGAUCGUGUUUCUCGACAACUUCUGAAGGACCAUGUAGCGAUGAGCCCAUCCUUGGAUCUAAGUCCUAGCUCUCCAUUACCUAACCGGAGUGUUAUCAUCUAAAUGCAACUUUGAAGACUCAGAUCAGAACCUCUCUUGGGUCUUACGGGAUCACAUUGUAUUCACCAGAACUUUGAAGUGCAAGUGAGGUGUCUGGUGACUUGUAGGUCAUUUGCCAAGGAUCAAGGUUUAAUCUACAUGCUUUGUGAUUGAUAAAGCUAUGGAGAAAUUGGUUCGAGUUAGUUGUUCAAUAGACCAUUUUAUUCAGGUGAAACUAAGAAUACUGCUGCCAUAUCAAUGAUUAUAUAACACGAGGAAAGUGGCAUGAACUGAACAGAGUUAAGUGUUUAAAUCAACUGAUGCUUCACCGAAAUGCGUUGGUGAAAAGUUCACAAGCAGGCUUCUGAUCAUAAUUCAGGUGGAAGAACUAGGUUAGCCAACCAUUAGCUUUCGGAACAAUAUCAUUUAGUCAAGCUUGAUACAGAUGUACAAAUAUUGAAGAAAUCAAACGAGAAUUCCGAGUUUUGCCAUGAAGAAAUAACUGGAUUGCUGAGCAGCGGGUCAUGCAGUCAAGCUCGCAAAUCUCAAUCCAGCCAGCCAACCCUAUUGCAUGCCUCCCUCACCCGUGCUUGACUUCAAUUGUAAUUCUUCCUUACUGCUCUAGUGCUCAACAUGAUUCAUUGUACCUACGUUACA